CUUGCCUUGCCUUGCCCGGGCCUCCCCCACCGCCUCCCCCUGCCCCGCGUCCCUCGCAGGGCGUCGGGCCGGCACGGGGGUCUGUGCGCCGCGCCGAGCCGCAGGGAGACAGUGAGGGAGGGGAGGAAGGAGGGAGGCGGGGAGGGAGAGAGAGAGAGAGAGAGGCUGAGCCAGAUCUUCAUGCCACUGCAGGCAGCAGCAGCAGCAGCAAAACUUCUGAAGGUUUGCAGAAGACAAUAAGAGAACCACCAAAAAGGCUAUUGCAGUGUUGUGUGUCAAGAUCAAAUGAGUGACCUUUAAGAGGUCAAUUUCAGAAGUCUGGUACCAAGACUGCCACUCCAGCUUCCUCAUUGCUCCUGGUGGCUGGGGCAUAUCCCAAUGCUGUUUGCCUGUUGAAUGUGUGGAGAUAUCCUUCUGAAGACAACUGUCUCCUUUGUGCUUGAGCACCUGCUACUCUAUAAAUACUCAUCAGUUGGAAUUUACUACUGCCAAUAUGUAUCAUUCUGUGUCUGAAACCAGUCACCCUUUGCAAACAGAGGAACAAGAGAUAGGCAUUGAUCCCUUGCAGAGUUUUUUGAACAAGCCAGGGGAAGGAGGAUCAAAUGAAAAUGGAAGCACACCCCUCACCUCAGAUUCAGAUGGAACUUUUAUUUCUUACAGUAAAGAAUGGGAAGAACUAUUUGUAAACAACAAUUACUUGGCAACUAUACGGCUGAAGGGGAUUAAUGGGCAGCUGAGAAGCAGCAGGUUCCGUAGUGUUUGCUGGAAGUUAUUUCUCGAUGUUCUACCGCAAGAUAGAAAUCAAUGGAUUAAAACCACUUCAGACUUAAGAACUUCUUACAAUAAGAUCAAAGAAAUUCACAUUACAAACCCUCGGAAAGCAGGACAGCAAGAUCUGAUAAUCAACAACCCACUCUCUCAGGACGAGGGGAGUCUUUGGAAUAAAUUUUUCCAGGAUAAAGAGCUUCGAGCAAUGAUUGAACAAGAUGUGACGAGAACCUUUCCUGAAAUGCAGUAUUUCCAGCAAGAGAAUGUAAGGAAAAUUCUUACAGAUGUUCUGUUCUGCUACGCCAGAGAAAAUGAGCAGUUGCUUUAUAAACAGGGCAUGCAUGAACUUCUAGCUCCCAUUGUCUUUAUCCUACAUUGUGACCACCAGGCUUUUUCACAUGCCAGUGAAGCUGCACAACCAAGUGAGGAAAUGAAAGCUCUUUUGAAUCCUGAAUAUCUGGAACAUGAUGCCUAUGCAAUGUUCACACGUCUUAUGAAAACGGCAGAACACUGGUUUUCAACUUUUGAACAUGAUGGUCAGAAGGAGAAAGAUGUGAUGAUAACACCUAUGCCCUUUGCAAGGCCACAGGACUUGGGGCCAUCUAUUGCUAUUGUAGCAAAAGUAAAUCAAAUUCAGGAUCAUCUGCUGAAGAAACAUGAUAUUGAGCUGUACAUGCAUCUGAACCGACUGGAAAUUGCUCCACAGAUUUAUGGACUGCGAUGGGUAAGGCUCCUGUUUGGACGUGAAUUUCCUCUUCAGGAUCUUCUGGUUGUCUGGGAUGCUCUGUUUGCUGACAGUAUCACCCUGAAUUUAGUCGACUACAUUUUUGUAGCCAUGUUGUUGUAUAUCAGAGAUGCCUUGAUUUCAAGUAAUUAUCAGACCUGUUUGGGACUUCUCAUGCAUUAUCCACCUAUUGGAGAUGUUCAUUCCCUUAUCCUGAGAGCGCUUUUUCUCCGAGAUCCAAAGCGAAAUCCAAGACCGGUGACUCACCAGUUCCAACAAAAUUUAGAUUAUUACAAAGCACGUGGAGCAGACUUGAUGAACAAAACCCGUGCCAGUGCUAAAGCUGCCCCUCUGAACAUUAACAAAGUCUCCAACAGCUUACUGAAUUUUGGCCGAAAGCUCAUUGCUCCAGCCAUGGCUUCAGGUGGGGCAGUGGGCACUCCUGCCGGCGGGAGCAGCUUCCCUCCCUCUUCAAUGCCAAGCAGGAGCACAGUGGAAGCCCCUCAGCAUCAGCAGCACCACCAGCAGCACCACCACCACCAGUCACAGCAGCAGAGGAUGAUGAAGUCUGAAAGCAUGCCAGUUCAGCUGGGCAAAGGCGAGGCGGGCGAGGCGGCGCCGCCGGGGCCGGCCCAGGCCCAGCAGCAGCCCCCGGCCCCCACAGGCCAAAGUUCAAAAAACAUCAGUUCAUCUCCAAGCAUAGAGAGCUUGUCUGGAGGACGGGAAUUUACAGGAUCUCCACCUUUGUCUGCAUCAAAAAAGGAUUCCUUUUUCAGCACCAUCUCCCGCUCACGUUCCCAGAGCAAAACUAUGAGCAGAAAAGAGUCGGAGGAGGAAUUAGAGGCCCAGAUUUCAUUCCUACAAGGACAGCUAAACGAUUUGGAAGCCAUGUGCAAAUACUGUGCAAAGAUGAUGAACACGCAUCUUGGAAAUAUUCAGGAAGUCAUUUUGCAAGAACGCUUGGAAAAAGAAGAUGAAAUUCUGGUUUCCUUGGCCGGUUUGAAGCAGAUCAAGGAUAUCCUGAAAGGUUCAUUGCGUUUCAACCAGAGCCAGCUGGAAGCUGAAGAAAAUGAGCAAAUCACUAUUGCUGAUGAUCAUUACUGUUCCAAUAAUCAGAACAAGGGGGCAGGUGAUGUCCUAAAGGGGCCUGCCAUGACAAAGCAACAGUUCAUCUCAGAACAGAGUACAACUGAUUCAAGCACUAGUGAGAGCAAGAGUGCUGAUGACUAUAUUAUGGUUUCCAAAGAAGAGGGAAGAAGUAAAAGUGCUGCUCCAGAGCCAGCACAGGCCCUUCAGGCACACAAGGAGGCUGCGGUGAAGCCAGAAGCUCCAUCUCGUUCUUCUUUGAUAUUUUCUGACCCUCUGAUGGGUUCCAUUUCAGCCUCCUCCAGCAAUCUGAGCUCCAGCCCUGAUGACGACAGUAGUAAUAACAGCAAAGAUUCUGACUUUGCUAUUGUCAGCCCACUGGACAUCUAAAGAAACAGGUUGGGAGAGUCUAGAAAAUCUGUCAUUACAACUCAGCUCUAAUUUCUGUGAUUCCACGGGCUGGAUAGUUCUUUGUAUUACAAGGACAAAGAAUAGAUAAAGGUAACCCAUUUCAGCUGCCAAAAGCCUAAAUUAAAAUAAAAAGGCAAACAAAUGAACAAAAAAUACAUAAAUUUGGUACUUUUAAACAAUAAUAUAUACAUUUUAAUAACUGCCUUAAAUAAAGACCCAGUAAAGCCCAGUCUAAUAUACAGUUAUUAUUAAUUAUGCUGUUACCUUACUUCGGAGCUUUGUUACUAUAGAACUAUUGCUUUCCCAAAACAUAGAAUAGUGUAUGCUAGGUACCAUAAUGGAAAUGUGUGGAUGCUUGGCAUCACACCUGAAGCAGCAACGAUAGGCUAGAUUUAAUAGUGUCCUUUUACAAAAUAUUCUUGACUGGGUUUUCUGUGUAGGAAAGGAUACUGUUCUUUAGAGACCACGAUUAGAGAAGUAGAGAAUGAGUAUCAAAAAGAUUAAAAGCAUCAUCCUGGUAGGAAGUUUGUUCUCCCUUGAGGAAUCCUAUUUUCUUAAUUUUCAUCUGGCAAUAGCCUGAGGUGUGCUCAGGGCAGAGGUUCGUGUAGUUGUUCCUCAGUGCUUACAGGAGACUAUGUGACAAACUCCUUGAGAAUGAGGACCUACACAACAGAGACUUAUUUGCCUUUGUCUACUUUUUCCCUUUGGGCAUUCCCAGUUCACCUCUUUCCCUCUUUAUCUUUGUCUUCUUUUACUCCCCCGGCAUGAUUUUUUUAAUUUUACUCAGAUUACCACAGUUAAAACAGUAGGUGCAAGGGAAAUAACAGUGUUCAUAAUGUAGACCUGAGCUGAUUGAACUAAAGGUAGCUCAAGUAUGAUAACUUAUCAGGGAAGGUUGCAAAGUGAAAUGAAAUGUUCAUAAUUAAAAGCACUUUAUGUGUCAUUGCUAUUAUCUUCUAUAGACUCUGUUUACAUAUAUUCCUAUGUGAUUUCCAUGUUUUUAACCAAGAGAAACAUAAUGGUGCAGCAGCGUUAACCAACAGAAAGUUUCUAAUUAACUGUUACUUGUUCUUCUAUGGAAAAGUGUAUUUCUUUCACAUCAAGUCCAUAAUACAUGUAAUAAUAGCUUUUUUCAAGUAGAUAAGUGGGGCUUUCUGUACUCUCUGAUCCCUUUUACCUCUGUUGGACUUCACAAAACAAAACUGGUGGUGAGUAGAUGGCUCCUCUUGCAAGACCUACACAGAGUUAGCUUAAGGAAGGAAUGUGAGCAUGUCACUCUGUCACAGCAGCAAAAAAAGCAUUAUUUGCUUUUAAGAUGCAUAUACAUUAUACCAUGCAACAACUUCCUAUUUGCAUGGCAAAGCUUGUGUUUGUUCAAAGUUAUGAAAUUGUAGUUGUUUGCUGCUUAGUCAGUAAUUGUAAAUGAAGUAGCAUAUCCCAAAGAUGAGGUGACGUGUAAUUUGCUGGUCUUACAUUUUACAAGGUCUGUGUCGGUGAUUGAACUGAAGAGUUAAUUGUCAUGUAAUUACAUGAUAGCUGCCAUCCUUACAUGUUCAAAAGACACCAUGUAGUUCUUCAGAGAUUAUUUGUGCCUUGUGUAAAAUGUUAAAAUACUAGAAUGUUAUGAGCAGGCAUAGUAUCACACCUCUCUGCAAUACAGUGAUGCGAACAGUCAGAUGACUAUUUAGAUGAAAGAUCUUAAAUGCGUAACAUUUUGGAGAGAUGUUUAUUUUGGUUUAAUUUUAAGCUUCAUAAAAAAUCACUUUGGAAUUCA